AUGCGUCUACUUCCAAAAUUUGAUCUUUAUCUAAGUCAUUUCUGCUUGCAGGUUGUUCGAGCAUAUACGAUUCAGGAACUGGAACCGGAGACCGUGUACAAAGUGCAGGUGUUUGCCAUUGCAGUGAUUGACGGCAAAGAGUGGGCCAGUCCAGCCGCCAUUCUCUACCUCAGGACUGCCGUUAUACCCAACAAGGAGCAUGGCACCUCAGGUUCGCCCGUCUUAUGGAACCUUCAAGGGAGAGGUUGCAAUUGCGAAGGUGGCGGUGCAAAUCGCUACUUUGUUCAGCCACCAUAUUUUGAAGAUGGCACCGUACGGGCCACACUGACGCUUCCCUCCAGCAUAGUAUCACAAUACUUUGGCCCGAGUGUCAAGGAGACAUCCAUCUUCAAUCUUCUCUGGUACCCCUAUGUGUGCAUUGAGACUCAAAGCGCUAAGGUUGAGGUUCCAAUGAAACCGGCGCAAAACAAUGUCUAUAAAGCUUCUCUGUCAAACUUCGUGCUGAACAAUCUGCGUUUGCAAUGUCACUACAAGUUGCGCAUCCAGUUGGCCGAGGAGAGACAUUUAACUGCGCCUCAAAAGAGAGUCCUGGAACUCUGCUUCUGUACCCCUUCUUGCAAGGAGGUGCAUAUAAAGUCUGGUGAACCUCCAAAGAACUGCUCCUUUCCGAAUCCUCAAAUUCCCCACGGACCGGUAGAUGUACAUUACCGGUUAAUCCCCACCGACCCAAACUUUCAUCGCAACGUCCCAAAGCACUCCCCCAAACGGAGACCCACAUCCUCCUUUCUUUCCUCAUCUUCUUCAUCUCAGUCCGAGGUACAACCUGUCUUCUAUUCCAAUGGAAAUGUUGGACCUUCUACUAGUCGGUUCGAUGCAAUGGUCUUUUGGACGCCCCACCCAGAAACAUUGAGCAGUGCUAGACGUUUCCACGAGUACAAAAGUCGCGAUGGGAUUUUUGACACUGGAAGACCAGCCAGCCUGGUUCGAGGCUAUCGAGUCAUUUGGGGUCCGCGACUUAUAGAGCCCAUCGAGCCUGGAAUGUACAGCAAUGGCAUGCCGCCCCAACUGGAUCCUGAGAAGACUGAGUCCAAAGUCCUCGACGUGCAAGUUAACAGUGUGGUCCUGCGUAAUUUGGAGCCUGCCACGCUGUACAUUGUACAAGUCCAAACUAUCGGCGCGCAUGGCGACAGUCCAGCCAGUUCCUUGUUUUUUACUACUCCAGAUACCACCGGCACUCGGGGGACGCGGUCAUCCUCCGGCACUCCCCCGCUUAUCUCAAGCCUCCUCCUUUUCCUCUUUAUCACUGCCUGGAUCUCUUCUACCUAG